GUAACUGAGCCUUACAAACCAAAUCAGCAGCCGGUCUAACUACUACAAUGGCUCUUAGCUGGAAUCUGCUCCGACUGCAUGUCCUGCUCGCUGGGCUUGUAUUUAUCAUUUGUAUUUCUCAAGCAUCUGGGGACUAUGAUUGCUGUACUUCCUACACACAGAAAAAGAUCCCCCAGAAGAUUAUCAAAGGAUUCUACAUACAAAGAUCAAGCGAGGUCUGCGACAUUGAUGCAAUUGUGUUUGAAGUUGCAUACAAGUCACCUGGAAAUCGCAAUGUGCUUAAGUCCAAGCUGUGUGCAGACCCCAAGCAAAAGUGGGUUGAAAGCCGCAUUGAAGAACUAAAGAAUAAAGCUUUAAAGAUGAAGAUCCAGAAGAAGGCACGAAAGUGGAAGAGGAUAAAGAAACAAAACAAAAUCUGGAUCUGAACAUCCUGCAAUUCGACUACAGCAAGUGACAAAGUCACAGUAUUUGGUUUCCUAUGAAACUAACAAAAAAUGACACUUUUGAUUCAUAUUGCAUCAUUCCUUGCUUGUCCCUGGAGGAAUAUGGCAGCUCCUUUGCUGGAGUCAUUCUAUUGUUGCUCUAAAAUUUUCCAUUUUGAGGGAAACCCUAUCGGUAGCGGGCCAAAGGUGCUUAAUGCAGAACCAGACUAAGCACUGGACCCGACGCCACCUACACACUGCAGUUUUGCACUUGUUACAGCUCUUCAGUGCAGACUAUGGGGGGAGGCAAUUUGUAUUUGUAUUCCCUUUUAGCUUUCUGAUCAGCGUCAAUGUAUUAAAACAGUGGCACCAAUAUUAAUGCACAUUUUUAUAACUUUGCUAUGGUUUUCUCUAUUCUAGUGCCUAUUGCCCCAUUUUGUUGUUAUAGCACUUCUGCCAUUUAUUACAUUUCUCACCAUUUUGUGUUUCCAGAAACAAUCACUACAUCUCUAGAGAUAACCUAUCCUGUAUUUGUUUCGUUUCAAACUCUUUAGUAAACGCAAAGCACUUCAUAUUUGCUUAACCUCCGUCUUGCAUAUAUUCUGUGUUUUCUAUUGUGCCACCCUUUAUCCAUAUAUUUCAUAAUAUUUGAGCUUGUACAGUAGCUCUAUUUCUAAUUAAUUAAACCUAUCAGUUAUU